GGUAGUCGUCCUGCGUUUACAUUUGAAGCAGAUUUUUUAGUAGACUUCAGACGGAGCCUACGACGGCGGAUGACUAUGAACUUGGCCAAACUUCGUUGAUAAUCACACGUAUACCAACGCGUAGGAGAGGAGGCCAUAUUACAUAUAUAUUUUUUAAUUCAAAAUCCUUAGUCCAAAAUGACGAAUGUUCUUUGGUUUUCACCCACGGCUUUAAUUUAGGCGAGGAUGAAGAAUGCAUUACGAAUCGACUAGAGCGAACUACGUUUCGCCGCGGAGUGUUACUGAUUUGAAUCGUGUGCAACACAGUGUAGUGGUGGAGUGGUGCGGUAAUCGCUGAGCCAGUCUGUGCGCUAAAAUUGGUAGCUACAAAUGAACUUUGUUUGUGCAGCAUAUGUGUACAUUUAACAAAAGUCGUUGUUCAAGCGCCCACUUCAUUUUGUCCUUUGGAUAGUUUUACAAAAUAUUUACAUCUGUAUCUUGCGAAACCAAGGACCACAGUACUGGAAGGACUUUAUACUGACCUCAAUAUGUCAAUUCUGCCUUUUACUCCCCCCAUUGUGAAAAGGCUUUUGGGUUGGAAAAAAGGCGAACAGAACGGACAAGAGGAGAAAUGGUGUGAAAAAGCUGUGAAAAGCCUGGUGAAGAAGUUGAAGAAAACAGGGCAACUGGAUGAAUUGGAAAAAGCCAUCACGACACAGAAUAUCAACACGAAAUGUAUUACUAUACCAAGGUCUCUGGAUGGACGGUUACAGGUGUCCCACAGGAAGGGCCUCCCGCACGUCAUCUACUGUCGCCUGUGGCGCUGGCCGGACCUGCAGUCCCACCACGAGCUGCGGGCCGUGGAGCUCUGUGAGUACGCCUUCCACACCAAGAAGGAUGAGGUGUGUGUCAACCCCUACCACUACCAGAGGGUGGAGACGCCAGUGCUGCCUCCUGUGCUGGUUCCCAGACACACAGAGAUCCCCAGUGAGUUUCCUCCUCUGGACGACUACAGCCACUCCAUCCCAGAGAACACCAACUUCCCCGCCGGCAUCGAGCCACAGAGCAACUACAUACCAG